AGGCGAUCCCAGCCGUGCAGAGCCGAGCGGAGCCGAGCCAUGGCUUCGGGGCCCACGGGGAAGGGGGCGCGGGGUGCAGAGGGGCGGCCUGGGUCCAGCCCCCGGGCCGCGCUCAGCGGCCCGUCUCGUCCUACAGAGGCGGAGACCCGGCAGAGGCUGCUGCGCAACGUCAAGAAGGAGGUGAAGCAGAUCAUGGAGGAGGCUGUCACACGGAAGUUUGUGCACGAGGACAGCAGCCACAUCAUCUCCUUCUGCGCGGCCGUGGAGGCCUGUGUCCUGCACGGGCUGAGGCGGAGGGCGGCCGGCUUCCUACGCAGCAACAAGAUCGCAGCCCUGUUCAUGAAGGUGGGCCGCAGUUUCCCGCCUGCUGAUGAGCUGAGCCGAAAGGUCCAGGACCUGGAGCAGCUGAUUGAGAGCGCGCGGAACCAGAUCCAGGGCCUCCAGGAGAAUGUGCGGAAGCUGCCCAAGAUGCCCAAUUUGUCCCCACUUGCCAUCAAGCACCUGUGGAUCCGUACAGCCUUAUUCGAGAAGGUCCUGGACAAAAUUGUGCAUUACCUGGUGGAAAAUAGCAGCAAAUAUUAUGAGAAGGAAGCUCUCCUGAUGGACCCGGUGGAUGGCCCCAUUCUGGCCUCUCUGCUGGUGGGGCCCUGUGCUCUGGAAUACACCAAGAUGAAGACUGCGGAUCACUUCUGGACGGAUCCCUCGGCUGACGAGCUUGUCCAGAGACACCGAAUCCACAGCUCUCACCUGCGACAGGACUCGCCCACCAAGAGGCCGGCCCUUUGUAUUCAGAAGAGGCAUUCGAGUGGUAGCAUCGAGUCCCUCUCUGCGCGGGACUAUGUGGAGUCCCUGCACCAGAACUCACGGGCCACCCUGCUCUAUGGCAAGAACAACGUCCUGGUGCAGCCGAGGGAUGACAUGGAGGCCGUACCGGGAUAUUUGUCCCUCCACCAGACGGCAGAUGGCAUGACUUUGAAGUGGACCCCCAACCAGUUGAUGAAUGGGUCUGUGGGGGACCUGGACUAUGAGAAGAGCGUCUACUGGGAUUAUGCCAUGACCAUCCGCCUGGAGGAGAUUGUCUACCUGCACUGCCACCAGCAAGUGGACAGCGGCGGGACAGUGGUGCUGGUCAGCCAGGAUGGGAUCCAGAGACCGCCCUUUCGCUUCCCAAAGGGCGGGCACCUCCUGCAGUUUCUGUCUUGCCUGGAGAAUGGGCUGCUCCCUCAUGGGCAGCUGGACCCCCCGCUAUGGUCCCAGCGGGGGAAGGGCAAAGUGUUUCCUAAACUGCGCAAGCGGAGCCCACAGGGCUCGGCCGAGUCCACAUCUUCGGACAAGGAGGAGGACGAGGCCACAGAUUAUGUGUUCAGGAUCAUCUACCCUGGAAUGCAGCCUGAGAUGGUUGCUCUCAACCCCUUGGGCAGCACAUCCCCUGUCUCCAUGGGCCCUGCCUGGAUGGUGGUUCCAGUGGGCCGGUCCGUGCUGGUGGUGGCCAGGGACAGCCAGUGGGCACAUGCCAGAUGGGAUGCCAUUGUCCUCACAGCCAACCUGAAGCAACAUCCCCCCAUCCCACAGGACCUGAUGGAUGUCUCUGUGCACAACCUUCCAUCUCUCUGGCAACCCGGCCCCCGGAAAUCCUCUUGCCCAUCUUGCUCACAGGCCAGCUUAGCUGAAGGUGGUUCAGCCAAUGGCUGCAACCAUGAGAGAGCUCCCCUCAAGCUUCUCUGCGACAACAUGAAGUACCAGAUUCUUUCCAGAGCCUUCUAUGGAUGGCUUGCCUAUUGCAGACACCUGUCCACUGUGAGGACCCAUCUCUCUGCCCUGGUCAACCAUGUGAUCGUGUCCCCAGACUUGCCCUGUGAUGCAGGGCAUGGUCUGACAGCCAGGAUCUGGGAGCAGUACCUCGAGGACAGUGCGAGCUAUGAGGAGCAAGAGUUGCUGCGCCUCAUCUACUACGGGGGCAUCCAGCCAGAGAUCCGCAAGACCGUGUGGCCCUUCCUCCUGGGCCACUACCAGUUUGGAAUGACGGAAACAGAGCGGAAGGAGGCGGAUGAGCAGAUUCAUGCUUGCUACGCCCAGACUAUGUCCGAGUGGCUGGGCUGUGAAGCCAUUGUGCGGCAGAGGGAGCGGGAGUCCCACGCAGCCGCCCUGGCCAAGUGCUCGUCAGGGGCCAGCCUGGACAACCACCUUCACCGCAUGAUGCACCGGGACUCCACCGUUAGCAAUGAGUCCUCCCAGAGCUGCAGUUCUGGCCGCCAGAACGUCCGCCUGCAGAGUGAUUCCAGCAGCAGCACACAGGUGUUUGAGUCCGUUGACGAGGCGGAGCAGGUGGAAGCAGAGGGCAGGUCCGAGGAGAAACAGUCCAAGAUGCCCAAUGGGAACGUGGCGAAUGGCCCCUGUUCCCCGGACUCAGGCCAUCCUUCCUCCCACAACUUCUCCUCCGGCCUCUCCGAGCACUCGGAGCCUAGCCUGAGCACAGAAGACAGUGUUAUGGACGCCCAGCGCAAUGCCAUGCUGGUGCUGCGGCCCGGGGACAGCAGCGUGGAUGACGGGCAGAGCAGUGAAGCCACCACUUCUCGGGACGACGCCCCUCGGGAGGAGCUGGCUGUGCAGGACAGCCUCGAGAGCGACCUCCUCGCCAACGAGAGCAUGGACGAGUUCAUGUCGGUCCCAGGAAGCCUGGAUGUCGCCCUGCCUGAGAAGGAGGCCGGUGCCAUGGAGGGCUGGGGCAACCGUGAGACCGAGAGGCGCGGCCAUGCUGACAGUGAGGACAGCUUGUCAGAGGAGCCCGAGAUGGAGAGUCUGUACCCCGCCCUGGCCUCGCUGGCCGUCACCCCCUCUGCCAACAACGAGGCAUCUCCUGUGUCUUCCAGCGGCGUCACCUACUCCCCUGAGCUGCUGGACCUGUACACAGUGAACCUGCAUCGUAUCGAGAAGGACGUGCAGAGGUGUGACCGCAACUACUGGUACUUCACCCCCGCCAACCUGGAAAAGCUUCGCAAUAUCAUGUGCAGUUACAUCUGGCAGCACAUUGAGAUCGGCUAUGUGCAGGGCAUGUGUGACCUCUUGGCUCCACUGCUUGUAAUCCUGGACGAUGAGGCCCUUGCUUUCAGCUGCUUCACAGAACUCAUGAAGAGGAUGAACCAGAACUUCCCCCAUGGAGGUGCCAUGGACACACACUUUGCCAACAUGAGGUCACUAAUCCAGAUCCUGGACUCGGAGCUUUUUGAACUGAUGCAUCAGAAUGGGGACUACACUCACUUCUACUUCUGCUACCGCUGGUUCCUGCUGGAUUUCAAACGAGAACUCAUCUAUGAUGAUGUCUUCUCCGUCUGGGAAACCAUCUGGGCAGCCAAGCACGUCUCAUCCGCCCAGUAUGUCCUGUUCAUCGCUCUGGCACUGGUGGAAGUGUACCGUGACAUCAUCCUGGAGAACAACAUGGAUUUCACUGACAUCAUUAAAUUCUUUAACGAAAUGGCCGAGCGACACAACACCAAGCAGGUCCUGAAGCUGGCCCGGGACCUCGUGUACAAGGUCCAGACACUCAUUGAGAACAAGUGAGGCCCAGCUAAGCUACCACCCACCGCCCGCCUCGCGCUUUUCCUCCAGGCCGGCCCGGAAGUGGGGUGCAGGCAUCUGUUCAGGAGCAUGAAUUUGUGUGCCAAGGGAAGCUGCCCCAGUAGCCAGCCAUCGGGUAAAGGGCCGAGGGCUGGCCUUCCAGUUAGUUCUGCCUUAUAUUUCCUGUCUCACCAAAGAUCGCCAAAGUCUGGGGUUUUUCUCCCUGAUGGGACUUAGGAUGGUGGUUUGGGAGGAGUCUCUGUAUUUGUUUCCCAGCAUGACCAUCUGCCCUCUGUUUCUCCAGCUGCCUUGCAGGUUCAACUGGGUGGAGAAGGGAGAAUUUUGGGGGGAAACAGCCAUUGGAGGCAGGUGUGUGGGGCUCACUGCAGCGUCUAAAAGGAGCCUCGAAAGUCUAGCAGGAGGCUGAAAGCAGGGUUCCUCUUACUAUUUAAAAAAAUGGGUCAGGGGGCCAGAGAGAUAGCACAGCGGGUAGGGUACUUGCCUUGCACAUGGUCAACCUAGGUCAAUCCCUAUCACCCCAUCUGGUCCCUAAGCCUGCCAGGAGGGAUCCCUGAGCACAGAGCCAGGAAUAAGCCCUGAAAACCACCAAGUGUGGCCCCAAAACAAAAAUUCAAAAAUAUGGGGGUGGAUAAUUCUGUUCUGAGGGGACAGUCCUGAGUUAUGGGAUGUCAAGUUGCCUCCUGGCAGCCACUUCCAGGAUGUCAGGAACCCCCUCUCCAUCCACACCAAUUGUGCCAACUGAAAUAUCUUAGGCCUUGUAGAGGUUGGUCUAGUAAGGAAGAGGCUCUGGCUUGGAGCAGGGGUGCUAUGCACAUCCCUCCCCAUUCUCUGAAUCCUUAACCAGCAUCCUGGGGACCUCUCUCUGGGAUCCUGAUGGUCCCCCUGUGCUGGCCGCUCCACCUUCUGCUCCAGCUGCCCAGGAGAAAUUCUGUUUUCAGGGACGGUGCCUCUGGAGGGCCAAAGGAAGUGGCAUCGGCCAGAGAGUUGCUGAGAGCCUCUUGUGCAGUAAGAAAGCUGGUGCAGCUUUUGCCCCUAAGUGCCCUUGUGCUUUGUUCAUUCAGGACAGUGAAAAUGAGGAAGGAAGAUUCUCCCCUGGGGCAGACCAGGGGUGGGGGAAGCUGGGGAGGUGGGAAUCUGGAACUACAGUCCUGUGGGGUCUCCACGGGGGUGUGAUGAGACCAAAGAAAUCAAGUCAGUUGGUUUGUCUGUCUACUAUGACACCAACUUCUGUUGAGAAGGCUUGGGCAUGGGGGGAGCCAGUGCAGUGGGAAGCCCUCCCCCAGAAAUGUGAGUUUAGAGAGGGCUGAGACCCAAGGCACUCUGAAGCAUUCCAAAUAAUUCUCCAGUCCCAAGCCAACCUUCAGUGGGGAGAAGUCUACCCCUGCCCACUAGCCGAGGUCUUUCCCUUAGCUCCAGUGCCCCCCACCACUGCUCCUGAACCCCACCUUCACUCCCAUGAGGCCUCAUAGGCAGGAUGGACAUGGCCAAGAGGGCCCGUGCCUGCACAGAGUGCCCCGUGCAAGUUGCUCCCCUUCACCCUGGUUCCCAGCUUUCCGCUAUGGGGAACAGUCUGUGAUUGACCCCUCCAGGUCUUUGUUUUGCCCCCCAGCUGUCACACCAGAGCCGUUACCUUUGCCAAACCCAAGUCCCAGAAUGUCUGGUUUCUAGUUUAUCCUGUUGACAGGCUAGUCACAGAACACAGCACAAGACCCCCCUCUCCAACCCCUGUCCAGAGACGUACCCGUGGUUGUGAUUGGAACAACUCGUACCCACUCAGCUCUCUGUGCUGCUUCAGGUCUCCACACGCCAUGUGUCCUUGUGUCCUGGAACCAACUGUGUGGAGAUGUUUCUGUCUAUGGGACACCCUCCCCUUUUUCUCAGUGUUGCCAGCAUCUCUUCUGUUUACUACAGAGUUGUGUCUAUAUAGAGAGACUCUAUUAAAAAAAGAUGUGUGUGUA